UGUGUACACAUAUUAUUUUCAAAUCUGGCCUCCCGUCAGUUAUCCCGGGUACUUUAACACGAUCUGACCUGGAUUAUUUGUUGACAAAGGAACAGGAUGCUGAGCAGAUUUGUUUUCUGCACUUUUCUAGUUCUAGUCAUUCUAGCUCUAGCUCUGGUUGAUGAAGCCAAAGCGAACAAGAAUGGCUCAAUCUUAAAAAACAAAGAAACUAAUUAUAAAUUUAAACUCAAGCGUAAACAUUCUCGGGGUCAAACCUCUGGAAGUAUCAGAAGUUUAGGAACUGGAAUCAUUAAGCAAACUGGUACAUGCGUUGAUACUUCCUGCUAUGAACAAAUAUUAGCUUUUAACAGACUUAUGCUCAACCAAGUCAAGAAUACUAAGUCUAAGCUGAACAGAGUCAACGUCAACGUUGAUAAAAUAGAAAGAAAAAAGAAUAAUAUAAACGUGGUUGAUCCUGCUAAAACUGAAUUGGAAACAUCUAUUGGAGGAUUAGCCUCGAUAGGAAACAAUACUCCUGUAUGUGGAGGUAGAUAUGAGGUUGAUGAUGGAAUAAAGGGAUUGGAGGUUUACAACAACAUGACUCGUUGUGCUGAAAAUAUUGGAGCAAAUUGUUUUGUUCCCGCUAAUUCAAGUUCUCAACUGGAUGCAGUUAAACAGUGUUUGUCUGACAAUAAGAUUAUUACGGAUGAAUACACUAAAUGUAUAAAUUCUGGGAAUGUAUGUGAGUGUAUCGGUGGUCUCAACCAAAACUACAGUAACAUCAUAAAGGACUGCAAUUCACUCUCCUUAGCGGUAGAGCCUGAGGUUAAAAAACAAAAUGACGAAUGUAAAGUGGUUUUUGGCGAGUGCAAAAAACUGGAGGAUCAAAGUAUAUCAUAUAUUGCGAAAUGUAAGACAUCACCAAACGCACUGGUAAACACCCUCGGAGAACUGAAAACAUCUGAAGAUCUGAUAGUAAAAGUGGAUAUAAAGGUCCAGCAAAUGCUGAACGGAACCAUUCGAAGAAGAAAGAGAGCACAAUUUGUCAAAGCAACAGCAGCUGAGGCCCUAGGCAGUCUUCAAAUUAUUAUUGAUCGGGGCGAAAAAGAGGAUGCUGACAGGAUAUCUAGGGAUAGCCAGAUAUAUGUGGAGGGUGCCAGGUUUCUAACCUAUAUAGGUUUCACUUUUAAUGCAGCGGAGUUAACAACAUUAAAUAGUCUUGAAGCAAGACUAAGAAAUGUAAGAAGGAAACUUGAUAAAAGAAUAUCAGAAAUCUUACAAAUCCUUCAAACUACCUAUCAAAUAGCAUCACCUACAGUCACAUUGGGUUCAACUAUAAUAUUUCCAUCAUCAACAACAACAACAACAACAACUACAACAACAACAACAACAACUACAACUACAUCUACAACAACAACUACAACUGCAACUACAGCUACAAGUACAACAACAACUACUCUAACAAGCACAAUAACUACUACUACUACAACUACAACAACGGUAACUACACCAACAACGGCAACCACGUCCUCGACAACAACAACAAUUACAGAAACA